UAGUGUCCCGUGGAUGAUCGACUAUAGAUUAUUGAUCGGCGGUGUGAGGAUAGCGUUGGGCAUGCAAUGUACAAGCGACGUGAGUAACAGACUCACGUUGCGCUAAGCCUUUCUGGUGGAUAUCAGGGUCACACAGUUUUUGUGACGGCAUAAAUAUGAAUACAUAUUUUGUAACACCCUUAAUCACAAUAGGAUAGACUGGUUAAUCGGAUUGUGUACGAGACCGCGGCGUUAUGACACAACAGAGCGCGGAGCCCGCUGUGAGGGUGGCAGCUAAUGUGGGCAAGGCGACGAUUGUUCUUCCACCUGUUAGAAACAGACUUGGCUCCAAAGGGUUCGGAACCAAGAUGGUGUCGAGAACAAGUGCUCAAUCUUUGAUCUACCGCAGCGUUCCUCCUCGACCCCUCAGCUACACGUUCACGGACAUUCUGGAGACAUACCCCUCCCAGGGGAAAUCUAGAUCCAAGACCGCGCCAGUUUCUACCAACGCUCCAGAGGAAUAUGCCCAGCGGUUUAAAUCCAGACCCACGACUCGUCCUAAAGUUGUGGAGUUCGAUGGCAAUAGUUUCAACUUGAGUGUUAAGAAGAGGGGUGUGCCUGGUUUUCUCCCGUCCGUCAAACUGCGAGUGCUUCCCCCGGGGCAACCGCGUGCGAGGACUGUUGAGCUUCCUGACCUUCAAUUGGAACCAGCAAGGUCAUCCAGUACUCGACAGAAGUCAACGUCGGGACGUCUAUCGUCAAGGUCAAAUCGAUCAAGCAGGACAAGAAAGUCGAGUACACGAACGAGAGAUAAGUCUUCUGCUUUUGAGCGAGAGGCAGAAGAGGGCAUCAAAGUUAGCAUUAAGUCUCCAGAGCCUGGGGUCAGAUUUCCAGAGCCUGGGGUCAGAUUUCCCGAGUCAGGGGUAAAGUUUCAAGAAAGGUUCGCAAUGCCAAACAACUCAAAUCAGGAACAUUUCUGUCUUCCCGACUACAUGGAAACCCCCAUUUUGUACCCGAAUGUUGCGUCAGAUAGGGCUGCCGAUUACAAUGAUCUAACGUGUUUGCCCCCACCAAAGAAAAUCUUGCCAAGAAAAGACGCCCCUUGGGUCUAUCGUUUCAAGGUGAAACGAAACAUGAACGCUUUGUCGAGAAUUAUGGCUAGUAAGCCAAAUCAAAUGGUUGCCCAAAGUGGUCAAGGUACUUAGUGAUAAUCUUCUUAUCGGAUACAUCGACCCUGGAUUUCAUCACGGUUGUUUCGUCUGGUCAGAAUUGAAUGAAAGGUUGUGGUCACACGGACCAUGGUCUUGUGUGUUUAUAUCGUCUCCACAGAAUUAUGCCUUGUGUCGUGUGCUUUUACCACCAUAUGGAACAUUAAACAUUUCAAAAGUGUAGUCGGCAUCACCUGGAUCAUGUUUGCGCCACCAUAAAUACACACAUCUCAAUGUGGAAAUCAAAGUUGAAUGUCGACAAGGAUCCAUCCAAUGUGUCAGCAAUUUGGCCCUCAACAUUUAGAAAUCUGUAAGCCCUUGACGAAAUAUGACAAUAGAGCAUUCUAUUCCACGCUGAUGUGAAUCUCAGUGCGAACAAUCCGGUUUCGUUUUCGCACGGAUUGACAUUCGUCAGGUAAUACAACCACACCCACUGAUGGCGACAUGUCGGAUAUAAACAUUGUAUGAUCAAUCGGAUCUGAAGGGUAUGUUGAUCUGUGAGUGAUAUAUGUGGUAUGAUAAAGGUUGGGUAUUGGGAGGAAAAGCUUUGGUUCUGCAGAAAGCUUGUAAGAGUUGUAUACUGUGUUCGAAAAUAACUCAACAGUAAGCACAUAAGGAAUUUGACCAACACAUGAAUGCCGAAUACCUUAAAAGCAUUGCCUGUCAAACAUAGCAGUUAGCAACAUGUUUGAAUUUAGUCUUCCUUACCAAUAAAAGUGUUUGAAAUAGCGUUCCUCACUUCCAAACCACUGGCACAAUCUACAUUCCUUGAUCACAGUAACUGUUUCUUAUGUACAAAGUUCUCUAUCAUGUAUUUUGAAACGUUUUCAAGUAGUCCUUUGUUCGUGUUUGAAUGAAAAACCAAUAAAUGUAAAUACUGAA